AUGGGUCGCAAACCGAAUCAACUCAUCCUCGAGUUCUUCCACCGAGGUCCCAAGCUGGAAGACGCGAGCAAUCGAUACCAACACACAUGCAAGGCCUGUGGUGAAGUCUUCCCCAAGGGUCGCAUUGACAGCCUCACCAACCACCUGGUGAAAAAGUGCCAGGCAAUUCCUCUCCGAGACCGUCAACGCGUGUUGAUGCGACUCCACGAACUCCCGGACUUUCCUGAAGGUGACUCAAACAAGGAUUCAACCUCUGGAAACAAGGGCAAGUCUGCCGACGGUGGCUUUCCUAAUCGACAGAACUUUGAUGGCCUGAAUGUGUUGGCCGAGGCUUCACGACAGGUGGGCGCCUCAGACGUGACCAAGCGGGGUCCUGGAUACACCCAGUCUGUGACAGCUGGAGGAAAGACUGUCAUUGUAGACCCCGCACUUGAAGCAGAAGGCUUUCAAGGGCAUUCACAAGGACCGGACUCAAAGAUAGAGGGUACGGCAAAUGUUGAGGGAACUCCACAGUCAUCAAAUGCUCCUAGUAUUCCUGCCCUCCCGAGCCAUACUUCUGGCGAGCACCCUGCAUCCAUGUCUCCCCCGCUUGGCGAUGCUUCUAUGUCUCCUGAAUCUACCUCCAACGCACGUCAGUCACAGCUGUCGCUGAUUGCGGCCUCCGCUAGCGAGAUGGUUCCUCAAGGAAUGUCGAUCGAUGGUGAUAACGAUAUGAAGCUGAGUCAAUGGAAUCAACAGCUGUCUACACACGAGCAACUUCUUUUCGACAGCUUGCAUGAACAUGACCCUUCAUUGACAGCUGCCACCCAGCGUGCUGCAUCUUACCCCCGCCCCAUUGCAAUGAACCCGAAUACUCAGACAAAGGGCUUUGUGAACGAGUUUGGGAAUUCAACCAAGCCUAUGAAGCCGAAGGUACGAGGACGUUUCACUGCAGAGCGACGUCGUGAAGUUCAAGAUGUGCGGAAGAAGGGUGCCUGCCUUCGUUGUCGAAUGCUAAAAAAACCAUGCUCUGGCGACACCCCUUGCACAACUUGUGCUAGCGUGGAGAGUGCUCGUCUGUGGAAACACCCGUGCUUGCGUACCCGUCUUUCCGAUGAGUUUGAACUCUACAAUGCCAAUCUCAACUCGACACUUGCCUAUCAUGACACAAACAGCAUUAAGAAUCAAAUUAAAUUUGAUCAUUAUUCCGGUCGCAUUGAAGUUACUCACUUUGAGGAGAGCAACAGCUUCAUGACUUUCAGUGGACUUCAGGGUCAUCGUGCUUCAGUUUCUGCGCUUGACCCCCAGCUCCAAGCCCUUGGUGAUGACCAGUUCUCUGGUCCCCCGCAAGAGGUUUAUCUCCUGGAUGCGGAGUCGGAUGACAUCCCAAGCAAGUUGGAAAUGUACAUCAAGAAGAAUGCUUCUUACUUCUAUGAACGAGAGACGUCGCCUUUCAUGAAGCCCACUUUGUUGCUUGCUGCCGAGAUUAACCAGGAGAAGAAGGAUAUUCUUCUGGAACGCGUGCUGGAGCUGUGGGUCGCUACCCAUAUUCUUGUUGACACUGAGCUCACCUGGAAAACCUACUACAACCCUACUCUGCCCCCAAAUUCGUUGCAUUCCCUUUCACAGCCAUCAGACGAGGGCCGUUUGCCCAUUGAGGAGGUCACUGAUCCGGAGUCAUACGGCCUUCUUUGUAGUCAAUUGCGCGCAGCCAUGGAGAAGCGUGCCUCGCAACUAAGCAAGUUUGUCAUCAAUGACUUGGAACGUCGACUCCUUCAGCGCCAGAAGUGUGGCUGGUUUGAUACUUUCAUCGUGGCAAUUAUUCUUCUCAACUGCGUGGAGCGCACCUGCUGGCUGUUCCGUUCAUGGGACAAUGAAAACUUUUCUCAGCGAUGGCCCCUCGACAAGCGUCCUCCGUAUUACUUCAACCAGUCUGAUCGCUUCGCCGACAUCUUGGAGAUGUUGCUGCGCAUGCGCCACAUACCCCCUAAGGCCACAUUCCGUCCAGACAAUGGCAUUUUGAAGGCAGUUGAUGGCAGCGAUGAGCAUGCUAUCCGCUGGUUUGAUAUGAUCCAACUGACCCCAUACUUCAUCGAAGAGCGCAAGAACGCUGUCUUCGAUCCAUCCGACUCACGCUCGUUGGAUUGCCAUCACAGUGCCAACCUCCUCGAGCCCAACAACGCCACCUAG